AUGCGUACUCGUUCUCAGCAGCAGUCGCCUGGCAACUUCGUUUCCCUCGAGAGUACGUCUCGUCGGACUCGAUCGACCAGAAGCGCCUCGCAGACCAAGACUGCCAAUACCACCGAUCGCACCGAUCCCCAUCCCACCGAAGAAGAACCCUCCGGACCCUCUACACAGCCUGCGACUCGCGCAAAGGGCCAGCGUGUGACCAAGAAGAAAGCUGCUCCAGCCACAAAAAAGACAGUGACCAAGGCUGCUUCGAAAAAGGCCCCCGCAAAAGGAACCCGUAAAUCCACGCGAAAGACCGCGAAGGCGACCUCUGAGGAGCCCGAGUCUCACGAGGACGAAACCCCGGAGACAACUCCCGAAAACGACGAGAACAAAGAAAACAACGCAACCCGAAACACAGAGUCCGAGAACACUACUGCCGAACAGGCUUUAGCUGAGAAGGACGAUGCCCAAAGUGAGUCGACCCACCCCCAGGACCCCGAACUUCCUAUCCCCAGGGCCCAAGAUGUUUUGAAUUCCCCCUACCCCCCUACCCCCCUUUCUCCCGUUGGAACCACCGGUGCCUCGUGGGCCGAAUAUAUAUUCGGGGACAUAAGCGACAUUGGCUCGCCCCUCUCCGAACGAUCAAGGACCCCUUCGCUCGAUGAGCCGUUGUUCGCCGAUGGCGAAAUCGACGAGACUCUUCUUGAGCAGAUAAGGGGGGCGGGCCAGCGUGUCCGGCCCACUGAGGAUUCUGCUUGGGAGCAGCCCGAAGCACCAAGCACCUUUGAAUCACUAGCUGUGACGAAGCCAACCGCAGCGGAGUCGACGGAGUCGGUCGCAGUCAAGGAACGCGACGAAGAGAUCAGCCAGCAGCCCGAAGCUGACUCCCUCUCGACUUCCGCUGUGGGCUCCGGGGGCGAGACAGUUGCAGUGUUUGAUCAGGUGGAUGACCUGGCUCAACAUUUUGCAAAGUGGAGUUUUGCGGACGUCGUUCCGCGACCUGCAGCUGUCUGCUCCCCGGGGUUGCCCAACGGCCCAACGCGGCAACCGGAGACAGUGCGGCCUACGAGAGCCCCUACCGGCGUGCCUGUGAGUGUCGCUGGUGAUUCUUCUCACCACGCUUCGCAGGUGGCUGUCUCCGUUGCCCCUGUUGACUCGCGGGGGCCAUCGAUUUUCGAUGAGCCCCCACCGCCCUUCGAGCUUCCCUACAUUGGGGAAUCGGCGCGGCGGCAGAGUCAGCAGACCCCGAACCCAUUCUCCCUGGCCCAUGAGAGUCCGAGAUCGUUGCUUGACGAGGCCUUGCUCAAUUGGCGUCGUCGGGCCAGGGAUCGGCAAGGGGUGUUGGCGCCGGAGGCUUUGGCAGAGGUCCGACGCCCUCAAUUCAGUCCAGCUGCGGUUCGAGAACCCGCAGAACGAUCGCAAAUUCUGUCGGUGCCAGUCAGGUUAUCAACUCCUGCCCUGGGUUCUCGGCCGCGGGUGCCGGUUCUACUCUCUCCAAUCCCAGAGCGAUCGGAAUCGGAGAUGAGUUCCGGCCCCAGUGGCUCAAAGGUCGGUGCGGGAAAAGAGGUUGCCGCUGGAGCGUCGGUCUCCUCGGCUGCCUCUCAAGUCCCGAUGGUUCCCCGGGAGGCGUUCCGCUGCCUGGAUGCUCUCGAUCGGCCUGCGAACGAAAAGCUAACGCACAAGAUAGUCAACAAGAAGCGAGCCCGUUCUGAACUUAGUGACGAGGAAACACCGGCUGGCGGGCCAGAGACCCCGAUUGCCAACAAGCGUCGGAAUCUGGGCGCCCCAGGGAGUACGCCGUUCGCCCGGAGACUCCCCCCUCUCUCCCGACGCCUAUCAUCUACUUCUGUGCCUUACUCGGAGAGGUUGCGGCGACGGCGAGUAGAGAACCAGGGGAGGAUUCACCGAACGGUCUUUCGGCUGCCGGAGUACGUCGAACAGGAGAGAGCCGAUCGCCAGGCAGCGGAGACCGCAAGUCAGAGCCCAUGCCCGGAGCCCCCCCUGUCGAAUGUCGAAACCCCAGCAGAGCCCGACCAAGACCAGACUGUUGAGGACGCACCUACUGAACCCACUCAAGAAACAGCUCUUCCAUCGACCUUGCCUGAAACGCCUCGCAGAGGCUGGAAUAUUCGCGGUCUGCUCAAUUCCGUGCCUCGCUCGUUCUCUCGACUUAUCCCGGGCCUUGGUCGUUCUCCAGCGCAGACUGCGCAGACUGCGCAGUCCGAGCAGUCAUCGCCUUCUUCGAACUCUCAGCCGAUUACGCAGCCAGCUUCUGAACGUAUCAACCGGACCGUGGAUUCUGAACCCGAAUUCGUCGCUGCUCAAGCCAAGUUCCGUCCAUGGAAGCCUCGACGUCGCCUGACCACGGAGCCGCCUGCGAAGCGUCAUCGUGACUGGUCUCUUUUUCCACCUCCGAUGGACAAGUCUCUCUAUCUUGGUGAUAUCUCUACGCCUCUCAAGGAUCUUCCUGAGCCAUCCUCUCUGCAGUCCUCUUAUUUGCAGUCUGCUUCGCAGCCAUCUGUUGCUGAUACACGCCCUGAUGAGCAAACUACUACUGUUGGUACUACCACUACUGCCACUUCGGAGUCUACUGCUCAGAUCGAAGGCGCGUCAUCGGCCUCUCAUGCUCAGGACACCAGAGGACGCGAGACUCCACAGGAGGCUAGCUCCAAGAAGCAGACGAAGCGCAAGCGUGAGCCGUCGCCCGACGUUAUUCCCAACCCCCCUGGCUGCAGCUAUGGAAUGGACUUGGAUUACUUCUAUUACAGCUCUGAAAGCGAAGAGGAGAGCGACCCUGAGGUGCCCGGGCCGUCUACUGCUCCUCAGCAAGCUGAAGGCCUGGCUAAAACUGCUGUGCGCAGUGCUCUCCGCUCAGAUCGCCCAGCGUCUAAAAAGGUUCGAUUUGACGCUAGCCCCGAGGAUACUCCAUCGAAGCUUCGCACCCGUGCCCGCGCUACCGACCCUUACACCGGAUCCCAUUUCAUUGGGAUGGGCAAUGGAUCCCCUUCGUCCAGCCUUGAUGCCUCGUCGCCUACCCCCACCGCAUCUACCCACGCGCCGACUGUCCAAGAUGAAGAGGAAGACCUGUAUGCGCCGUCUCCGAUUAUCGACCCUCGCACUCGUCCAGGAUUCAUCCCCAACACGCAGGGAACCUUCCAGCUUGACUACGACGCCUUCUCAGAUGACUCUUCCGAAUCCAGUGGACCUUCUUCUCCCCCAAGCGUUUCCGCUCCUAGCCCUGCUCCUGCCGCGGAGACUCGGGCUGAUGAAAGUAUCCAAUCUCCUGCACCAUCUCCUGCACCUCGUCCUACUCCAGUCGUCCCUCCGUCGACCCCCGCCGCCGCGGUUGAUGAGGAAGCUCUCGCCAAGGCUCGCUCCCGUGCAGAGAAAUACAAGCCCAAAACCCCAAGCGGCCUUCGCACCGCGAGUCGUUAUUCUAGUCCUAUGACCAUCACUCCGGACGCUCGCAUCGAAAGCAGGUCUCUUGAGGAUCUCGGUGAUGAUGAAAUCGCCGAAGAUACCAAGUGGCUUUUUGAAAACUGUCCUUCCGGAGACAUUACUCAGCUCCAGUGGCCCGCUAGACAGAGUUACCAGGAAAGCCUGGGUAUCAGUCAAACCGUUAUUGACGUCGUUGCUCAAGUGUGGAAAGAGUCCGAGGUCGACAAGGCCUACGAUAUCUUCUGCCAAGGCUUCGAAGAAUUCAAGCAGCAGGCAUAG